AAUUUCACGUAAAGUCUCUUUAAUCUCUAAUCAAGGUUCUGAGUAGCAGUGUAGGAUUGAAGAAGGAAAGAAUAGUGCUGAGAGAGGAUACGGAGACGGACGGAUCUGAUGAGGAUGAUUUUGUAAAACUGGUCCAAUCCGACUCCAGUAGCAAGCUUUGUAUGGAGACGGAUACUCUUCUUAAACUUGCUCUUCUAGGGAAGGAUAUGGUUGAAGUGUAUGGAUGUCCCCUGGAUAUAGAGUUUGCAGUCUCCAACCUUGAGAUAUAUAUUCUCCAGGCUAGACCUAUCACUACACUACAUAGGUAUACAGAUUGGGAGAUAUCCCACGAGUUUGAUUCUCCACGUCCCUCGGAGAAAGAGAUCUGGACGAAAGCAAACCUUGGAGAAGUUGUACCUGGAGCUAUGACUCCAUUAACCAGGUCUACCUUGAUACAGGCGAUGGAUCGAAUCCUGCAGCUGAACACAAGCUUGAAGGAGAACAACCCCAGGUUCUACUCCCCCUACUCCUGGUCCUGGAUACAGACAAUACAACACCAUAACGUCCUCGACGUGAUCAACGGCGUCCUCCGUUGGCCAGAGUCCAACCUCAGCUUCGUCUCCAAGGCUGUUGACUAUGCUGUGUUUGGACAUGAGGUUACAAGUCAAGCUAUGCUGGACACAGCUCUGCAUAGACACGGGGGAAGAGAUGAUGUAACAACAAACCUUAAUCUUAUCAGGGAUAUGUUGACACAUACUAAAAUUCAUAACCUGGAGAAGGAUAAAUUUGACGAGUUGGAAUUUCUUCAACAAAUUCAGAAGUUAAAGUGUCCUAAACAAAUAUUGGCAAAGAUUGACACUCAAUGGAACCUUCUAGCUCGAAUCACCUAUGUUCAUAUUAAAAACAGUGAGUUGAGCUCUGCAUACCAGACUAUCGUAUUCCUGAUUAUAUCUGGAGGAAAGGAUGACCUCACGCCACAGAUUCUUCAAGAUAUUGCUAAUAUUCUUACUUUAGACGAUAGUACUGUUGAAUCUGCAGGGGUGCCCACAGGACUAAAUAAACUCUACGUGGAGAUUAUAACAAAGGAUGACUGGAAGGAAGGGUUCGCAGAAGCUUCUCUGGAGGAAGCUGAAUCCUGGAUUAAAACUAACCUAUCCAGCUCAUACAGGAAAUUCUUGGAUCUGUUCGGGCACAGGUGUCUCAAGGAAUUCGAUCUAUCCGUCAAACCAUGGAGAGAGGAUGCUAGUCCCAUAAUUGGAACCCUGCAGUCUAUGCUGAACACUACCCGGAGUCAGGUUCCAGGUCAAGAGAAGAAAGAGAAGAAGAGUUGUGGGUUUAUGCAGGAGAAGAUUAUAAAUCUCAUUCUACCCUUAGCUCAUGGGAGUGUUGCUAGGCGUGAAGAGAGUAAAUCUCUGUUGAUAAAACUGACAGAUAUCCUGAGACAAGGAUACUCCAUCCUAGCUGAUUAUCUUAAAUUCACAGGUUUGCUGAUAGAUAGUUCUGAUAUAUUUUAUUUAACCCACGCUGAAAUCCAUCAACUAGUGUACAAGGAUAAAAGAAGUUUAGUUGUAAAGGCUGGUCGGAGGAAGAAAAUCCUUCCAACCCUAAAUGAACUCCAGUUUCCGGAAAUGAUAGAUUUUCAAACAUUUGAUCCCAGUCAAGUUUGUGAGAAUAGUAGUGUUCCGGUUACGGAAGGGAACAGUCUUCAUGGAACCCCGGCCUGUUCAGGAACGGUUAAAGGAUUAGCUAGAGUGGUGACUAGACUCCAGGAUGCUAAAUCUAUACAACCUGGAGAAAUUCUCAUCACAACUAGCACAGAUAUAGGAUGGAGUCCUUACUUUCCUAUGCUUGGAGGAGUUGUUACUGAGCUUGGGGGUUUAAUUUCACACGGAGCUGUGGUAGCAAGGGAGUAUGGAUUACCCUGCCUUGUGGGAAGCUGUGGAGCUACAAAGUUCUUCAAGACCGGAGAUAUGGUUCUAAUAAAUACUAAACUCGGAAAAGUUUUUAAAGUUGAAUCCUAAUAUUUAGUUUAACCCAGCUUUAUAUAUGGCUGAUACUUACUUUAAAUACAUCAUUUUCAUUGUUACGGUUAACUUUGUAAAGAAAAAUUGUAUCCCCCCUCCCAAAUAUUUUUGUACUAAUUGUACAUCUUGAAUAAAAUAAAUAUUAUUUCAGCAAA